AUGGGAUAAUAGCAGUCACAAUAAAACAAUUUUUUUUGGCCAAUUAAGGGAGAAGUAUAAUUAUGGACUCAUUCAUAAAUAAAAGUUAAUUUGUUAUUUAAUAUUAGAUCAUAUCAGAAGGUGAAUCGAAGUUUUCUGAACAAAAUAAUGAAUCUGUAAUUAUAAGUCCAAUAGAAUACUCUUUAAGUUGGAUAACUAAAUAAAAUCAAAUUCAUUUUACUUCAAUGAAAGUAUCUAAUGGACUUAAAGUGAAAUUUGUAGUUGAUCAAACCAAUGGUAAACUUAUAAGUAAUUUAUUCCUUAAAAUUUAGAAACGGAAUAUACAUAACUUGAGAAGUUUGAAAAAUAAAUAGAUGAGGAACUACAACCAUAGAUAAUGUGGAAAUGCUGGGUUGAAAUUUGGCUUAACUAAACUAAAAAGAAUGAUAUUGUGCUUAAUAAAUAAGAAAGUUUAGAAAAUGUUUAAUUGGAGAGUGGUUUUGGAUCUAUUAAUAAUCCAGUUGUCAAAGUCUAUAGAGAGAGGAGAGGAUAAAUAUAACUUCUAACAAGACAUUUAUGUUAUACAAAUUAGAAUGAUAAUAAGAAAUCAAACAAAUACUAGAUAAAUAUGUAAUUUUGUAAGUCCUAAUUUUGGAUGUUCAAUUGGGAUCUUAAAUAGAAAAUAGUUCCUGAUACUUAUUUUUUGGAAUUGUAAAAUAAAUUAUCAACAGAAACUCUUUCUUUUAAUCAAUUAACACUAAAUUGA